AUGACGCGUUUUACGCGCGAGUCCACACGCGCGUUUCAAAUUCUAUUGCAUCCAGAUACCGCGUUUUACGCGCGUUUCUACGCUGGGAGGGAUCCAGCCAGUUACAAACAUGAACUCGGUUGUGUUGUUGUUCUGUUGUGGCUUGCAUACCGUCGAUGGAAAAAUCGUAAACGAAGAGAACGUCGACGAUUUAACGUGCACCCAAUUCUACGUGACAGAAUGACGCAUAGUAUGUUUAUAACAUUAUAUCCAAAGCUCAGAGAACACGGUGAAAAGUUUUUCAACUACUUCCGGAUGUCAGUAACAUCGUUUGAUGAAUUACUAGAAAUUAUUCAAGAAGAUUUGACUCCAUGUCAAAAUUAUGUGGUACGGGAUACUGUCUCUGCAGAAGAAAAACUCGUGAUUACUUUGAGAUAUUUGGCUACAGGAUGUUAUUUUGCGGAUCUGCAUUAUGCCUACAGGUUGGGAAAGUCUACAGUUAUCGAAAUAGUACAGAAAACUUGUUACGUCAUAUGGCAUAAACUGAAAAAUAUCCUAAUGAAAGUACCUACGAAGGCUGAAUGGGAAGAGAUUUCUAAACAGUUUCAAAAAUACACAAAUUUUCCAAAUUGCAUCGGCGCCAUUGAUGGCAAGCAUAUCCGUAUUAUAAAACCUAAUGAUUCUGGGUCUCUUUUUUAUAAUUAUAAGAGUUAUUUUUCAACUGUUUUGUUGGCUGUAUGCGACGCAAAUUAUUGUUUCAUUGCAGUAAAUAUCGGCGCAUAUGGAAAAAGCAAUGACUCCACAAUUUUUCAAGACUCUGUUUUUUAUAAAAAACUUGUCGAGAAAACUUUAGAUAUUCCAGACCCAAAGUCAAUAUCUCAAACAGAUAUAACUCCCUUACCCCAUGUGAUAGUUGGAGAUGAGGCGUUCAGUCUAUCUGAACAUAUAAUGCGCACUUAUUGCGUACUGGACGCAGCAAUGGCACCCGAGUAUCUCGACUCGCGCGUCGCUCGCGCGUUAAACGCGCGAGUCGAGAGUCCCGCUCAUUGCACGCGUUUUACGCGCGAGUGA